GCCGGACAUGUCAUAGAUGACCUCGCAUCGGAAUUAUUCGUCCAGCCAUAUGACACCUCCGGGGAGAUGUCGUUACGGGUAGCUACAACGAGCGUACGCACCUCUGGCCGCCCACAACACUCGAUCGACGAAGAGCCCUCAUUUCGUGACGAUUGUGCGUUUCUUCUUGUGAAAGAAGAGGAUUUACAUGCGUUUCAACGUGUUCUUUGGAACUUAAAUCCUUUCUGCGUUAAGCGUCGCCUCCGUGGCGGUGUCGAUAUAUUAGACCCGUUGUCGAUCUCUCGGUACGCCGACCUCAAGAAGAGAAUACGAACCAAUAGGGUGAUAGUAUGCAAGUAUGGCUCCUCGACAGACCUCACUGUUGGGUGUCUCGUCGAAUUGACCAGGCGUCCUCCCUUGGGUUGGUAUGGUGACGAGGAUGACAACGAUCUUCAGAUGGAUAUGGAUGUUAAUGAAUGGAUGGGGUUAGUUAAGUGGAUUGGGCUUCCGUUCUCCGCACCGGGCGAUAGUGGGAGUCUUGUUUUCACCAUGGUGGACGGAAUAAUGGCUCCACUUGGAAUACAUGUCGGGGCGCCAGAGAACACGAAUUCUUCAUAUUUCAUUUCGAUUGAGACGUUUUGUUUCGCCGCAGAAGCCGAGGGCUGGGAGCCGCGUUUCGCAUCCUGUUGAGUGUUUCGUUCUAGAGGCCGGUGCCUAUCAUUAUUAGUAGUAGUAGUAGUAGUAGUAGUAGUAGUAGCUAGUGGAAUUCAAUUUAUAGUCGCUUGAGUGCA